ACGCUGCAAAGGAGCAGACUGGGAAAUCAUACGCUCCCUGGGAAAGAGAACAAGUUAGGCGAGUUACGGCUGGGAAAGAAGGGAGAAAGUCUCACUUUUCUCACAGGCUGAAUUGCCCCCUAACUCAGUUCGUUCGGGGAUUUCAUCACGUACUGUUCUGUUCCAUCACAUCCGAUUCUCACAUUUUCACAGCGUUUGAUUCUCGACUAGUAAAUCCGCAACUGUCAAUCCUUCCUUGCCGGAUAUCGUAACCUCAAAGUCGCAGGAAAAUUUCACAGAAUAAUAGAGUGUUGAUUUCAUUACAUUCACUAUCCGUUAGGUGAGAAAUAGUCAUUAUCACUCCCAAGAAAAGUGCACUCGUGUCACCAUCUGAGAUAAGAUGUACGAUAGUGCAUAUGAAAAGUGAAAGUACCGCAAUAACUUUAAAGAAAAGUGGCGAGCAUAAUAUACUCAAAUUCAACGUGAGUGCAGGAGUGGUUCUAAUGAACAUAUUUCUUAUUACGAAACCCAUCUGAUGAAGACAAUUUCUCUAAUUAUAAUUAUUAUCAACCAGUGACGUUAAUUAUUUUUACAAACAAAUAACAGUACACAAGUCCUUGGAUUUAAAAAAACAUUUAACGCCAGGGUAAAUAUACAGUUAAGUCGUUCUGAUUCCAAAUUAGAAAAUUUGAAUUUUAAGCGAAGGUUAAUUACUUUGCUGUAAUAGCUCAUGAGUCAUAAAUAAAUUAAAAAUAGUUUCAACAUAAUUAACAUUCUCGGUUGGUUAUGCACUCUCUCGGAAUUGAAGAAAGUAUAAAUCCUUCAGCUGGACAGAAUAGCCUAUAAACUUCACUUCACGGUCACCGGCAUAAUCUGGAUUUAAAUUGAAGUGGGUGAUUUUCUGUAAGUUUCCCUAAAUAAACAUUGGUGCAUGAAGAAAGCUGACUAGCCGCCUGCUCCUGAGCGAGAGAUAGAGGGAAAGGUUCAAACUUUUAUUUCAAUAUCCAAGUUACCUAAUGGAAAGCACGAUAUUUUAAAUUCACGUUGCAAUUUCAACAACCAUCGUCAAUUUGGAGAAUCGAAUCCUUCCUGUACCUCCCGAGGCUAUUGAUUUCACUUCACUUUCACUACCAACAAUUUCCAGUCCACAUUUCCUCCAGCAGCGAGCACCAGAGUACCAACUAGUCUGCUCGAAAAGAGGACAAAAUUAUUUACUGGUGUGUGAUCGUUCGCAACCACAUUGAAUGAAAAUUGUAUCACACUGAGAGUCCACAGAAGCGAGCAAUUCAAAUCACUUUUACUGCAAAAGUAAGAGAAACAUUCUUGUGUAAAAUAUUCGUGUCGGUGGUGUGAGCAAGGUGGAAGAAAAAACCAGAGGCUCGACACCCAGCCAACGAAACCAGUGUCGUACGUAAGCAACGUGUGAUUCCGUUUACAACGCGUGGAGUGGGGACAGGAAAGGUGAGAAUUUGUAAACUGUCGCGACUCCCUGUGCACCACGCUCGUAUGCUGCGGAUGAGUGUUGACACUGCUAUUAUACGCGUUUAGUCGAACAAAGAAUUAAAUAGGACGAGAGAGAAAUAUUGAUACUUGAGUCCCAAACUUUCUCUCAAAUCAUUAAUUUGUGAAGAGUGUACUCCAAAUGUAUGUCAAUGUAAAUACAUUAUUGCGCCCAACUCCAACCUUUGAAACAACUCUCCUUGGCAUCGAAAUGUCUCCGACAUAAAGGAAAGAAAAAGUUUCGUGGAAUUGGACACCCAACGAGCAGCUGGACGGCAAUAACCAUAAAACUCUAGUGGACACUUAAAGAAAUGCAGAAUUUGCCACAUCAAGAAACGACCAAUUCACGGUAAUCCGGUGACUAGAACAGACGCAUACAAAGAUAAACUGUAAUCCCUUCUUUGGUGAAUUUGCUCUUCAAACUCAGUCAGCGAAUAUCUUGGAAAUCCACAUCCUCGUCAACCCUAUAAACUCAAUUUCAAUCAUAUUUCAUUCAUUAAUGUCAAUGCUUCAGCAACAACCAGAUAUUCAUGUCCAGAUCCAACUGACCUCUUUUUGGCUUACAAUCCCAAUACAACUGUUCACAACGUCAUAGUAGAAACAAGAAAACAACUUUUUUUGGAUCGUUACUCACCAAAAAUAAUUUUGAAAGUGAUUUGGUCUAGUUCCAGCUAUAUGUACGUACACACAUGCGAACCAACAAUGGUGCUCCAACUCGCCUCAUAUUUUUGAAGGAUAGUGGAUAGUUAAAUGAAACUGCCCUUUCCAUUUACUUUGGUGGUGCAGUAAUAAAGUUUCUAACGGCGCUGCACACUCUUUACUGAGUGAAAAACUAUAUCAAAAAACAGCAAUUCAGAGGCGUAAAAUUACAGACACGUACAUGAACUAAAACUUUACAAGGCAAAGGGCAUUUCUCAAACUGCUCAAACGUAGUUGUUUCCUCCUGAUCGAGAGUGAGAGGGAGAAAAAGAGAAAGCUGACACAAUCCACGCAACCAAUCUGGUUUCAAAUGUUUUGUCUGAUGGGAUUAUCGAUGAUUCUUCACAAAUUUUUACUGCAAGAUCAAUCAAGGAUGACGAUGAAGAAGUGUUCUAACCGAGUACUUACCACUAUCGUCAUUUUUAUAACUUUAUCCCUCACGUCCAACUGCCAUGGUGUUGACCGUUCUGCAAUCCCGGCUCCAGGAACCACCCACCAGCAGUCGGCAGCGUCGGUCACAAGUGCGGGACCUGUGAAAAUGGCAUUGAAAGCGUCCGUAACCGGGGUCGACGACGAAGACAGUUCGGAUCCAUCAACAAUGCCAUAUUUUGAUUAUGGAGUCCCUCGAAAUGUGACAACUGUGGUAGGACAGCAUGCAUUCAUCCUCUGCCGUGUUCACAGAAUGCAGGACAGAUCCGUGUCCUGGGUCCGAAAACGUGACCUGCAUAUUCUCUCAGCUGGAGUGUACACAUACACAUCAGAUCAGCGGUUUGUGGUACUUCAUCAUCCUGAAAAAUCGGAAAAUUGGACACUCUGUAUCCGCAGUGUGCAGCUAAGGGACCAGGGGACUUACGAGUGUCAGGUUAACACGGAACCGAAAUUUAGUAUGGCGUUUCAUCUUAAUGUUAUUGAGUCCCGUGCCCGAAUAAUUGGCGGCAGUGACAUCCAUGUACAGAGCGGAAGCUCCCUUCGACUGACGUGUGAGAUUGAACACAGUCCUCACGACAUUGCUCAGUGGUACCACGGAUCGACGAUAAUUGACCCGCAGGGAAUGUACGGCGAAGCUGUAAGCGGAAGCAUACAAAUCGUUACCCAGAAAAGUGAUGUUCUCCGAUCGCAGCUCACAAUCGUCAAGGUCAGACCAAACCACAUGGGUCAGUACACGUGCAAAGGAUUUUUAGAUGUUUCUGCAUCUAUAAUGGUUCACGUCAUUUCAGGAGAACAUCCAGCGGAGAGACUUCAGCGAGGAAACCGAAGUUCUUCUAGCGUGACAAAUCUUCGAUUAUUUGAAUACUUGUUGUUAUACGCUUCCCUUCACCUGUUUAGAAUAGCUACUACCCUUUGUACCCAAGACUUUGUCCUCUCCUUGGAGUGUUGCAGAUGAGAAAUUUCAUCCAACUAAGAUAUUUGUAGGUAGACGACAAAAAAACAUAUUUUGUAAUGUUUCAAUGUAAAAUGUAGAGACUAUUAUAUCAAUAUCGUACGCAUAGAUAAAUCCAUAUUCUUUCAUUUGUUGUUGAUCAAGUAUUUUAAGGGGGAUUUGGAGACGAUGAUGAGACGAAGAUGGUGCAGAAAGAAGCAAUUCAUUCAUCAACAGGAGCCCAAAUUGUGUGCACACGGGUAGAAUUAGACCAAUUGUAGCUCCCCCAAUACAAUACAAUAAAAUAAUCAGCGCAAAAAUAUUAUAAGCGUAUUCUGUAUAAAUAUCUAUGUAUCUAUCUAAUUGAACCCAACCCAGACAUUUCCCAUGCAACGCUACUCCUACAAAGGUGAUUCAAUAUUCAAUAAAACCAGUCCAGCUACAGUACACUUGUUUACGAGAAUACAAGUAACUUUAAAAUGCCAAUAUAGCUAUAUGUAUGCCCUCAAGAGAAACCUUUCCCUUAAACCUUGAAGCACGUAUAUUUAAUUAGCAAUUAAUUAGGUGGGUUGUGCAACACAUAAUAAUAAUAAUUUUUUGACUUACAUGAUAAAGUGAUUAUUUACUACUAAAUAUUGAUUGACAGACAAUCAGUAUUUCAAAUGCUGAGAACGACAUUACUUGUUAAUAUACAUGUAUAGUCAUAUUGUUUAUGGUUGACAUUUUAUUUCGCAUUAAUCACACACUUUAUGAAUUCGGACCUUACUACUAACUAGAAAAUGACAGUGUAUACUUUGGUUUAUAUUUUUAAUUACAUGAUUAACUACAUGUGAGUAUGAUUGUCAUUGAUGUCUUCGAAUAAUUGCAAUCUUGGUACGUAUCAUGAAAAUUCCACAAUUUUGUAUAACCACCAGGAUGGGACACAAUGUAAAACUUUAUAUCAAAAGUUAAGCAUGAGAUAAUGACUAGAUCAUAUAAUGAAGCCUACCACGUUUUAGUGCAAGUAAAUGAUUGACUAUAAAUUAAGAAUAUGUACUAAACGAUAUGUAUGUAACUCUUGUAUGAAUAGGCCAUCCAUUAAAAAAACAUAAACCCAUGAAAACAUAUUAUAUAAACUCAAUGUUCAAAUAAGGAUACUUUGUGUUAAUUUGGUGUAUUACAUACAUGCAAAUAUGUAAUACUUACUUAUUAUAGAAUGUUUUGUUAGAAUUAGGAUAAUUAGAGUUAAAUUAAUAAGGAAUAAACAAAAUUGUGGAAUAAAAUUUUAUUAAAAACACGA